AUGCCGUACAUUGGGGAGGCUGAUAUUUCAUACUUCGUAGAGGAGGAUUCGGAGGGUUCGUUUUCUCAGUCUACAAACACUGGUUUACUGUGGCUGUCGGUGGACACACCCAUAUCCUCUAGCUCAGUAUCAGGUGUGCGGUUUUCGCGAGGGCCCGGCCAAGCGAUAUACGAUAACGUCACUUCGCCACCUACUACUCUUAUAUCCGGAACUUCCGUCAAGGUAAGCAUAAACUAUGAUUAUGAAGACCAGCUCUUAUUCUGGACGGAAACUACUACCCGCAGUGUUUACAGAACUGAACUCCAGUCUGGGAAUUAUGUGAGCACCCCUAUAUAUUCUGGAACGUCCUCGCAGGCAGAGGGACUGGCUGUAGACUGGGUUUCUAAAAACGUGUAUUGGACCGAUGCAGCUUAUAACUGGAUUAUGGUGUCGGAAUACAGCGGGGCGUAUGCACACCAGUUAGUGUUAACCGAUAUUGACCGCCCUAGAGGCAUCGCUGUCCAUCCAAGCAGAGGGCUGCUUUUCUGGUCGGACGUUGGGACAAGCCCUCGGAUUGAAAUGGCUAAUUUGGACGGUACUGGUCGACAAAUUCUUGUCAGCAAAGAGAGAAAUGGAGUACAAAGUAUAAAAUCUCCAAACGGGAUAACAAUUGAUUACAAUUCGAACAGAUUGUAUUGGGUUGAUCAAGGUUUAAAAUCGAUUAAGUCGAUAAGCUGGAAUGGUGUUAACUACAUCAUCAGUAUGAUACUAACUGAAAUUAACUUUGUGUUUCCCUUCGACAUUACCCUGGACGAGAACUAUUUUUUCGUCAGUGAUCACCUGUCUGGUGUUGUAUGGAUAAUAAGCCGUUCAAACACUUCCAAUCGAAGAGCCAUAUCCGCCGGUUCUAACACUGGUACACUGGGAAUUACGUAUUAUUCGCCAUUAAGACAAGCACACAUGACAAGUACUUGCUCUGAUAACAAUGGUUUAUGUGACCAAAUGUGUGUAGGAGUUGCUAGUGGUCGUACAUGUUUGUGUGCCAAAGACCAUGUGCUAAAUGCCGAUGGUAGAACAUGUGACAGAAACACCCAUAUGAUCACGGGACAUCAGUUAUUGUUUGCAAUUGCAAAUGGUGUAUACAAACUACCAGUGAAUUUUGGCCACUCUCAGCAGUCCCAGAAUAUAACUCAGAUCAUAUACAAUAUGAAUGUUUUCACAAUGGACUAUGUAUAUGAAUAUGACAUGUUGUAUGCGUACGAUGACAAUUCCAAGUCAAUUGUACGGACAGAUUUAAGAGAAGGUACAACCAGAACGGCAAUAAUAACUGGUGUUAAUAAUAUACAAGGAAUUACAAUCGAUUGGUUAGCGAACAACAUUUACUAUAGUGAUUCUGAAAAUAUAGCCAUCUACGUGUGUACAACAGACGGCCGGUUCUGCUCGCCUAUUAUAAGUGAUAAUAUCCAGCAACCUAGAGGGAUCGCAGUACACCCAGAGAAAAAGUACCUAUUUUGGGCUGACAGCGGCAGUGUCCCUCGAAUCGAGCGAUCAGGUCUGUCUGGUCGACAGCGAAAGAAUCUGGCAAGUGCUGGCCUUGUGCGCCCCACGUCUGUAACUAUUGAUUUUUCCAAACAAAGGGUAUAUUGGGUAGACUCAGGACAGUUUGUAGUUUUCUCUUCUGACUACGAUGGUAAUGGUAAGCAAUCUGUGUACGGUGCUAACAGUGACGUGGCGGGAAUAGCUAUAUUCCAGGAUCAUCUAUACUGGACACAGCCACGUCACAAUGCUAUAGGACAGAAGGAUUUGGUAAACAAUAAUUAUGUUAAUGCGGUGUUUGCAUGGGCUUCCCCAACAACAAUAAUUGCAUAUGAUGCAACGAAACAAAAACAGUCCCCAGGACCAUGCGAUAUGGAUAAUGGGGGCUGUGCCGAGAUAUGUAUUCCAAGCACAGGUGGGGCGGAAUGCCUCUGUGGCCAAAAAGCAAAUACAACGUGCACUCAAGUUCUACGCUGUCCUGUCUACCUCCGACAUGGGUCAAUAUCAGAAGCUUGUGACAAUACCCAGGGUAACAACUGUCCAUUUCAAUGUGACAAUGAGUUCUCAGCCACCUUGCAAAGGGAUCUCCGUUGCCUCGACACUGGCGAAUGGGAUGCUGACAUGAACACAUUAUGCAGAUUAGACAUUGAUAUGGAGCACUUUAUGCUGGUAGCAGACUCGUUGUUAGCAACUAUAUUUCAUUUAAGCCUAUCUUCGACUCACUACGAGUAUGCAGUUCUGCCUAUCACGGGUAUGAGCAAUCCCGUUGCCGUUGACUACGAUCCCUUGGAUGAGAAAGUCUACUGGACGGACGUGAAUUUGCACACGAUUAACAGAGCAGCCGUUGAUGGCAGUGACAAGGAAGUCAUUGCUGAAGGUGUUCAAGAAUACGAACGUUUUGACUAUGACAACGCCUGCCGUUCACACGAUGCCUUAGUUUACGAUACUCCUCACAUUUACUGGUCCGAUUGGGGGACAUUGCCAAAAAUUGAACAAUCCGACCUUGACGGAGGCGAUCGCAUGAUUUUGGUUAGUGACGGACUCGGUUGGCCUAACAGUUUAGCACUUGACGUUACAGAUGAUAGGUUAUACUGGUGCGAUGCGCUUGUUGACAAAAUCGAAUAUUACAAUUUCAAAACUGGAAGUCGACAUCUACUUUUGCAGCUCAGCGGCACUCCGCAUCCUUUUGGUAUUGCAGUAGUUGAUCGCAAUAUCUAUUGGACGGAUUGGACUAAACGGCAACUGCAGAGAGCAGACAAGCAUACUGGUUUGAAUAUUGGCGGAGUUGGGUAUGCCAUAUUUGAGAAGCCUAUGGGCGUUCAUACGUUCAAAAAACAAAUAUCGUCAACAUUACCCGCUACGACAGCCAGGACAACAACAGCAACGAGGACCACGACGAUUACCUCCACUACUCAAACUUCCUCGCCAACACCAGAAGCAUCGCUUGGACUAAAAACAGACGCACUAAUACCCUCCAAACCUAUCUCCAACGCACCACCAACGUAUAUUAUCAGAACAGCCUUAGCAAAACAGACCACCUUGACGUGGAACCAAUCGAUGCCCACUUCAGCCUCUAAUUUCACCUCUGGGAUCGUAACAGACUACAACCAGUGGAAUUUGAGUACGAUCAGUGGGAUAGUCACGGGAGUGGUAAUCUUCAUAGUACUUAUCGUUGUUCUAACGCUUGUAUUGAUAACUGUAUAUCGGAGAAGACGAAUUCAACGCCCCAAUAUUAUAAACACGGGGUUCUUCCAGGAAAGAGAACACUUCAUGAAGUACAGUACCGACUUGGACGGUGUUGAGGUUGUCCCAUCUGCACCACCAGCCCCGCCAAUUGCAGUGACACGCGAUUCCGCACUGGACUCGCUGGAACAUAUUUACUUGACGCCACAGAACGCACCGGAACGACAGAUAUCGGACUCCUCAAUAUAUAACACUAUACCAGAUUACUAGUGACCAAC